UGUAGUCUGCGCAUAGAGAUUUUGAUUUAGACGUUUACUAAAAUAUACAACGAAAGAGUUUGCUAUAUUUUGAAUAUGAUGAAAUCAAUUAUCAAUUCAACUUAAUGAACUAAUGGUGUGUAUGUAUUUGUUACAGAAUACGUUUUAAAUGAUUGACAUAUGACCUUUGAUGAGUUCCUGAACAGCAAUCGUUAAUGUUCUGAAUAUAAGCCAAUGUCUUGGAUGAAAACUGAUACUGAUGUUUAGAAAUAGGUAUAAAGAAAUUCUGAAAUAGACCACUAUAAUGAAUUGCAGAUACAGAGCAGUAGUUAUAAUCGUUAUCACAUUAUCAAUUUGGGGUGUUAUUCACUUCAUCUACAAUCUCCCUUCAGAUGUAUCUAGUAAGUUCGAUCUCACAGAUAAAAUUAAGCUUACAGUUUAUUAUGAAGCCCUUUGUACCGAUUCCAAAUUUUUCAUUACUCGACAACUUGCCCCUUUACAAGAUAAAAUACCAGAUCACAUCACCAUUGAACUUGUUCCAUAUGGUAAAGCUGUGACUAUUGAAUCGGCUGGGACAAUUAUAUUUCAAUGCCAGCAUGAUGAACUUGAAUGCUAUGCAAACAAAAUCCAUGCUUGUGUGAUAGAUUCUGUUACGGAUCCAUCCAUCCAGUUGAAAUAUGUUGCUUGCAUGAUAAAAAACAACCAAAAUCCAGAUGAAAUUGCAGAAAUCUGUGGCAAGCAAUUGAACAUUGAUCAUUUACCAAUACUUAUCUGUGCAAAGGAAGACAAAGCUUCACAGUUGCUCAAGAAACAUGGAGAACGGACACAUGCACUAAAUCCACCUGUUAGUUUUAUACCAACUAUAGAAAUCAAUGGCAGUCAGGAUUUAGCACCAUUGAGCAAAAUCUUGAAGAACUUGAAACAAACAGUUUGCAGCUUAUUCGAAACCAGACCAACAGGAUGUGAUAAUUAAUGUUUUUGAUUGGAUGACUUUUCAGCCUUCUGAUAUUUAUUUUCAAAAUAUUAUCUAAUAAUUUUGAAGUUAAUGUACAAAUGUAUAUUAUAGUAAGUUUAAAUAACAUUUUUUGUUAAUGUGAAAUCAACUCUUAACAGUUUAUGUAGGGUAUACAAAAUAAAUAAGGACCAACUUA